AUGGCUUUCUCAUACCUUCUCCCCUUCCUCUUCGUUCUCCUCCUCUCAAUUUCUUCAAUCAGCCACGGCGACGAUCUGAUUGAGAAAGAAUGCGGAUCAAACUUCACCAACAAUGACGCCCUGCAAGCCAACAUCAACACCGUCAUUCUCGACCUGGUUACAAACACUACCACCACUGGCUUCGCUUACUCCACCUACGGCUCCGGCAACGACACCGUCUACGGCACCGCGGAGUGUCGAGGAGACAUCACCGGCCAAGACUGCUCCGCAUGCAUCAUCAAUGCCGGACAAGAGAUACGAAAAUCAUGCACGAAUACGAUCGAAGCACGCAUUUGGUACCAACAGUGCUCCUUUCGCUACAGCACCACCAAUUUCAUCGGACAGGCGGACACGAACUUGAUCGGCACGUGGCGAUCGAUUGGCAGGACGACGGAUCAGAAGGCGUUCAGGAAGGCAUUGGAGGAGCUUUUUUAUGUGCUGGCGACGGCGACGGCGACGGCGGCGGCAGGAGAAAGCAGGAAGUUUGGGUGGGGGCAGAUUGAGAUUCAUAAUCUCACAAUCACGGAGGCGAGUGCUGUGUACGGAAUGGCGCAGUGCACGUGGGACCUCGAGGAAUCGCCAUGCUUCAGCUGUUUGGGUGCUGCCAUGAACAGUAUAAAAGAAGAAAGGGAUGGAUCUUAUAUUAUACUUAAGAGUUGCGCGAUUAGAUAUGAGGUUUCGCCGUUUCUGUUCCUGAAUGCGGCGCCUAAUUAUGCUGACAUCAAUACUCGCAAUAUUAUUUUUGGCAAUAUUUAA